AUGGCACCUAAAACCCGUGGUAGAUCUCUGGAAAAGAAUAAAAAGAAUGAUGUCCAGGAUGAAAAAGAUUUGAAUGGGACCAAUAGCGAUGACUCUGAUGACUCUUCAUCAUCAUACCAAACAAAAUCAGAUUCAGAUUCAGACAAAUCUGAACCAGAGCCGGACUCAGAAGAUGGUCAAGGUGGUUCUUUACCAAAAAAGCGGCGUCGACGCCGCAAGGUGGCUAGCAAAAAGACUAAAAAAGGGCCGUGUCCGCAACUCGAACAGGGGAUCUUGAUUGCCUGGCCGCCUUGCCUGUCAGCGCAAGCAGCUUCUAGCAGAGUGGGACACAUCACCCAUAUGUGGCCACCUCAGUCAGGGGUUCCCAACAAACCAAAAUUACAUGAACCUCAAUUCAGCAUGCCGCCCCACAGAAAGCAGCCCGGAAAACCUCCGAUCGAACCUUACCCAGCAGGCAAGGGUAAUAGUAAACGCACUGCACUAUUACCCGACAGAUUCAAGCCAGAAAAACCUGGUUAUCAUUACCAAAAUCGAUUCAACUACAACUCGAUGGUCGACCAAUUCGUUCGGCAAUCCCUAGUAGAUGAUUCCCUAGGGGAUAUCACGCCUGAAGUUAUUGACUUCGACUUGGCUGUGACUUUCUUUCUUUUCGAAACGAAUCACCUCUCCCUACCCAAUAUACCUCAAUCUAUUGACAUCGUCCUGAACGAUCUGGAUAUCCUGUUUCCCAUCAACUCUCGCCAGCAUGACAUUGAAACCUGCGCUUUAUACAUCAAGUCAACCAUCAUAGCCCACGAAUCACAACCUGGAUCUGAACGGCCUUUCGGUCUCCGCUACCCCAAUUUCAAAGCCUUACAAGUCCUAAUUGCUGAGAGAUCUAAGUCACCCCGCCCUUUGAAUUCGAAUAAGGCGAUUGUUUUGGUGGAUCUGGCUGGACGGUUCCUGGCAAUGGGCCUUCCUCCCAAUGCGAAAGCUUCAGUAGCUGCCGUAAGCGGUCUCAAAGCUUUAGAAGGCUCUGCACAUCUACACGCUUUACCUGGUUUCAUUGGACCUAUUAACAAAAACAUCCUAGAAGCCAAAAUCUCAUCUUCUGAUAGUGCUUUCAGCCCUUCCAUUUCAGCGACCGCACGACACUCAAACCUUGGAAACUAUCCAGUUCCUGUCCCCGGGGCCCUGAAUGGACACCUCGCUUAUGAGACCUACGGUUUUGGCCUUGGUUCUCCUGAUGCCCUUGCUGAUACCAAGAUGGAAUUGGGCUUCGACCGCCAGGGCUACAGGCUUGAAGAUUGUGGGGACUGGCCCAAUUCUGACCGACAUCUCCCCAAAGUCAUGGGGCUGGGUGAGGAUUGCCUUUUCAAGAGGGUCGAUAAUGCCAGAAGAAUCCAACAAUUGCAUUGGGCUUACGAGGUGUCACGAGUUGUCAACGCAGCAGUCCAGCCUGAGACUUACGAAGUGGCUGAAAAUUUUGAAUAUGUUUAUGUUUCAGGACAGCAUGUUAAUUAUAAUAUACAGGUAGCCCCACAUCGGGAUGGCAAAAACUCCAAUCUGAUUGAUUCAGUGUUUGCUUAUGGUCGCGACUAUUCCGGCGGCCGCUGGAACUUUGGAUCCCUAGGUGUAAGCUUUUGUGCUGAUCCUGGCUAUUCCUUACAUGCCCGCUUCAAAUUUCUGGAUCACUCGGUGGCUACAAUACUUCCAAUUCCAGGGAGUCGCAACAGACCUCUUCGAGUAUCUGUGGCUUUGUACUCUCACGCUGACGUGUAUGCCAGUACAGCAAGAGUGUCAGGUGCUAGAAGUGAUUGCAUUGGGAGAGCCAGAUAUAGUGAUGGUUCCAUGAGGUUACCGUUUCCGCCACCUGGAUUCUCAGUUCCAACUUUCAGAAAGGUCUUGAGAAAAGAGGAAAAAAAGUGGAGGCACAAGGCGCGAGCUGCUUCUGCUGCUCACCAGGCUGCUCAAACUUACCUAUCAGCCCUCGAUAUAUAG